AUGGCAAGACUCUUACUACUUUCUCUCCCCGGUCUUGUGGCCAUAUGUGCCGUGCACGGAAUAUUUAUGGACAGACUUGCUUCCAAGAAGCUGUGUGCAGAUGACGAGUGUGUGUAUACUAUUUCUCUGGCCAGAGCUCAAGAAGAUUUCAAUGCCCCCGACUGUAGGUUCAUUAAUGUUAAAAAAGGGCAGCAGAUUUAUGUUUACUCAAAGCUGGUAAAAGAAAAUGGAGCUGGAGAAUUUUGGGCUGGCAGUGUUUAUGGAGAUGGCCAGGAGGAUGAGAUGGGAACCGUGGGGUAUUUCCCCAGCAGCUUGGUAGAGGAGCAACAUGUGUACCAAGAAGCCACCAAGGAAGUCCCCACCACGGAUAUUGACUUCUUCUGUGAGUGAGCAAGUAGACAAACCUACAAAUAGAAAGGAAACAUCAAGAAAUAAAGAAAAAGAAGUGAAAUAACAACAACAACAACAAAAAUACACAUCCCUAAUUCCUAACUUUGGUUUCCAGGCUUUGUUACCUUACAGGAGGGCUAGGCCCUCGGGGCCUGCGGUCGGAGAUGAAGGAGGGGGUUUCCACUCAGUUUUCUGCGGCAGGGCGAUGUUUGGCUCAAGUGGGAGAACUGAAAGCAGAGAUUAUUUUUCAGCCUAGAGAAUCUUCUUUUAUGCGGGGAUGCAUAUAGAAGAUGGUUUGUUUGUAUUAUUUCCAAAUGGUAAUUCUUGCCAGCUCUUUAGCUCCUUAUAUAAACUUGGUAGGUCAUAAGUCUUCCUUUGGACAUGCUGUUUUCUAAUUAUUUGUCUCUCUGGCCAUUUGCAGUGUUAUAAUAUAUCCAACGGGGCUAUAUCAUCAA